ACAGUUUCUCUACUCCAGGGUGUUAAAGAACAGAACACCCAGGGUCUGCUCCAGGGAAGAUGAAGACUACGAUCCUUUCUGGCAAAGGUUGGAGAAUAUUGCUGUCUGACAUAGAGCUAGAGCUCUCCUUUCUCCCCCGUAGGAGUCAUGGUCAACCCCCGGGGUCCACCCAGGGCCAGACCUACGGACGUCGCUUCCCCUGGACCCCUCCUGCCUUCUUAUGGUGUCGUAGUUGGAGCUUUGCUUCACCUCAUUGUUUAUUUUGUCGCUGUGCUGUAUAGUUUUGCUGAGCAGCUGUUCUUGAAAAAGAAUGACAAUAAAAUAAAGAAACAAGAUGCCCCAACUCACUGUGAUCUUCGCUGCUGUAAGGAUGGGCCUAUAAGGAAUGGUCAUUGGUGGCCUAUUGGUCAGCGGCCACCCUCUAUCAACCCUGAGAGACUGAAAGAUUUUGGUGAGGAGGACUAUCUGAACGGGGACGUGAAGACCUGGGAAAUGAAGAUAGUGAGCCGUAAUGAGGAGUUGCUUGGGGAUGCCCUUUCGCGAAACCUGCAGUCAAGCAGCAGGACCAACUCGUCAAGCUUUAACAAGCUGAUUCGAUUUGAAGACAUUAGUGCAGCAGCUUUCAAAAUCCAGUGCGGUGUUCAGAAGACGCCCUGCAUGUAUUCCAGGAUGUCAAAGCAGUAUGGAGUAGACAUCUACCUAAAGAAAGAGUUCCUCCAGUACACAGGAUCUGUGAAGGAGCGAGGCGUUCUCUAUCUUCUGACAUCGUUGCCUCAGGAUCAGCAAAGAAAGGGGGUGAUCGUGGCUUCGGACAGUAACUUCUCCAUGGCUGUCGCUUACCAUGCCUCAGAGCUCCGUAUUCCAGCGUUUGUCAUCGUAUCAACCAGCACUUCCCCUGCCAGAGUGAAAAUGUGCCGUGAGUACGGUGCCAUGGUCAUCUCCUACGGCACCACAGCCAAGGAUUCCCAGACACAUGCAAGAAGGUUGGCGCAGGAGAACAGCUAUCUCUACCUUGAAGAGGAAGACAGUGCUGUCUAUCUGUCCGGGCUGGGAACUGUGGGACUGGAGAUUUACGAGCAGGUGCCAAAGCUGGAUGCAGUGAUUUUCCCUGCAGGAGGGCACUGCGGCUUGCUGGCGGCGUCGGCCGCGGCACUCAAGCAUCUCAACCCACACGUUUCUGUGAUUGGGGUUGAAUCUGAAAGUUUCCCUGUGUUACAACAGUCGUUAAAGGCUGGCCACCCACCUGAAGAGCAGGCUCGCAGCAGUCACCACUUUUAUGGAGAUGUGAGUGGACCUUGCUUUGGCAGCAAUUCUUUGCAGCUGACUGGGAAACUUGUAGAUAAAGUUGUUGCGGUGAGAGAGGAAGACAUCCUCGUCUCAAUGCUGAGACUGCUGGAGUAUGAGCGAGCCACCGUGGAUGCAGAGGGGGCCAUCGGGCUUGCGGCUCUGAUUGCUGGGAAGCUGCCAGAGUUGAAGGGUAAAAGAGUGGCAAUUGUUAUAUGCAGUGGGAACUUGGAAUUACGUCUGCUGCAACAGUGCGUAGCUCGUGCCCUGACCCUUGAAAACAGAGUGUGCAGGUUUUCCCUUGUGCUCUCCGGCUGCCCCGCAGACAUUGCAAAGCUGCUGGAGAUUCUGGCUCGGGAGGAAGCGAGAGUGCUGGAUAUCAAACAAGAACACUUGUUCGUGACAUCUGAGCUCUUCACUGUUGAGGUCACCUGCACCGUAGAGACUAGAGACAAAAUCCACACAGCUCAGCUGCGAAACGCUCUCCUGGAACGCUACCCGGCAGUGAAGUGGACUGAACGGUGAUGAGCAAAGCACUAGGCAAAGUGCUGGGGCUCUUCAACAAAUAUUUCACAGAGCACUAACUUUGAGGCACUCAGAACAAACAUUAUCUUUCAAAACUGAAAAGUUAGCAGAUAGUUCCAGGAUAUUUAUUUCCUGUUCAAAAUGUAGCGAGUGUCCUUGGGAGUAAAGUUAAACUCAAAAAUUUAGCUUAGCGAAGGGAAAUUUUAUAGUCUCUACUGGUGCAUUGUACAUGUGUGUGUACUGGUGCAUUCAAUAAUGCAUUAUCAGCUGGCUAUCUGGAUUUUGACUAAUAUGUAGAAUCUAAUGAAAUUCAAUAAAUAAAUAGGGGAAGGUAUUUUUCUUCAUAUCUGAAUAUAGACCUCUCACAGGUCUUUUCAUUUUGAUGCCCCGCAUUAAAGUAAGUAAUGUGGCUCCUCCUUAGAAUCAUAGAAUCAGUAAGGUUGGAAGGGACCUCUGGAGAUCAUCUAGUCCAACCUCCCUGCUCAGCAGGGUCACCUAGAGCGUGGUAGACAGGGUUGCAUCCAGGCGGGCCUUGAGUAUCUCCAGAGAAGGAGACUCCACAACCUCUCUGGGCAACCCGUGCCAGGGCUCUGUCACUCUCACAGGGAAGAAAUUCCCCCUCACGGUCAGGCGGAACUGAACUGUGCUUCAGUUUCUGCCCACUGCCUCUUGUCCUGUCACACGGGGCAACUGAACAGAGUUUGUCCCCGUCCCCCUGACACCCUCCCUUCAGGUACUUGUACACAUUGAUAAGAUCCCCCCUCAGUCUUCUCUUCCCCAGGCUGAAGAGGCCCAGCUCUCGCAGCCGUUCCUCAUAGGGCAGGUGCUCCAACCCUCUGAUCAUCUUCGUAGCCCUACGCUGGACUCUCUCCAGUAGCUCCACAUCUCUCUUGUACUGGGGAGCCCAGAACUGGACACAGUACUCGAGAUGAGGCCUCAGCAGGGCUGAGGAGAGGCGCAGGAUCACCUCCCUCGACCUGCUGGCAACACUCUUCCCAAUGCACCCCAGGAGACCAUUGGCUUUCUUGGCCACAAGGGCACAUUGCUGGCUCAUGGUGAACUUGUCAUCCACCAGCACUUCCAGGUCCUUCUCUGCAGAGCUGCUCUCCAGCAGCUCAGCCCCCAGCUUGUACUGGUGCCUAGGGUUAUUUCUCCCCAGGUGCAGGACUCUGCACUUGCCCUUGUUGAACCUCAGGAGGUUCCUCUCUGCCCAGCUCUCCAGCCUGUCCGGGUCUCUCUGAAUGGCAGCACAGCCCGCUGGUGUGUCAGCCACUCCUCCUAGCUUGGUGUCAUCAGCAAACUUGCUGAGGAGACACUCUGUCCCCUCAUCCAGGUCAUUGAUGAAAAUGUUGAACAGGAUGGGACCCAGUACUGAGCCCUGGGGGACGCCACUAGCCACAGGCCUCUAACUAGACUCCACGCCACUGAUGACGACCCUCUGAGCUCUGCCUUUCAGCCCGUUCUCAAUCCACCUCACUGUCCACUCAUCUAACCCACACUGCCUGAGCUUCUCUAGGAGGAUGUUAUGGGAGACAACUGCUGUAAUUUGCCAUAUUACUAGUAUAGUCAUUUUAAAUUCUCAAGCCAGAAGCAGCUCUUCAUUUACUGAAUCUGCUUCGGGAGGGGUGUGUAUGUGUUUGUGUCUGUGUACAUUUCUAUUUGCAUAAGAUCUUUGCUAUCAUGAAGAAAAAUAUUAAUAAAAUACAAUUAAAAAAACUUGGAAAAUAAAAUCAAA